AAAGGUAACUUGGACUCAACUUCCAUAAACUUUCUAGCAUUUAUUGCAUUAUAAUCGCAAAUCAGUGGAUAUGGCACCAGUCGCGUAUUCUGGUGCUCUGCAACCAAAAAAGAAGGCAGAACUACAACAGAUAGCCGGCGCUCUUCGCAUAAGCGACUCUGGUACACGAGAAGACCUACAGACCAGAAUCAAAAAGCAUCUCGAGGAUAAUCAGACCAAGCUAGAGGACGAACCGGUUUUCUCUGGAUUAUUUGGAAAGCGCAAGAAGAGCGUACAACCACAACCUUCGAUAGGGCGAUUUGUACCCUCAGAUACCAUGGAAUCUAUAGACGACAAUGCAAGCAUUAAGACAUCCAGCAGUCCCGUUACUACCAGGUCUACUCGGCGUAACCCUGCGCUUGAAGCUCCGCGCGAUAUUACCCCUGUCUCAGAUAUUCGGGACGUUUCUAUGAUGUUGAAGAAACCUAUAUCUCCCGCUACGAACGCGUCGCCAUCCACAAAUCGCGAUUCUCCAGCACCACGUAGUCAGCAGGUGGCAUCUUCAGUCCCUAUUACUGUAUCUAGAAUAGCCAACGCUGUUCCCAGCAUUCCUAUGAAUGGUGUCGUCGACGUUUUCAGAAGGCAGGAAGAUCAAUUUCUACAAUCUAGUAGUGAUAUGCUACUCAAUCUGCGUACUUUCCUCUCGAAUUCACGGAACGUGUGGUCACUCACAGCUGUAUUCGAGCUGAUAUAUAUCUUGUACACUGUUAUUCCGUGGCAGUCAACUGAGGUUCCACUGUGGCCUACAACUUCCGCGCACGAUGCAUCAUUUGUGUCAAUUCCUUACCCACCAUUGUCAAUCUUCGAAUCAUCCACGUUCUGGACUGUUUUAAUGCACUGGUCAAUACCAUCGCUAUUCUUGCCAUCGCUAUUCGGAACUCUCAUCUCAUUCCACCCAUCGAACUCGACGUCUACUCGCGGAGAGAUGGGAGCGUUACCUCCUCCAGUGCUUCCCUUUGAUGCGCUUACGGCUUCCAUCAUCAGGCUUGCUGCCCAGUUUGCUUAUCCUUUUGACGUCCUUAACUCCAGCGUCGAAGGUAUCGACGUCAUUGGUCACCGAUGGCGCGUCCUUAAUGCGGCUGUCGGACUAGCCUUUGCGCUCGUGGAAGCAAUCUACGGUGCUCCGGGAGCUUACGCUCAGAGAGCAGGACUAACUCAACAUGACAGUCGUCCGAGGUCGUUGACGAACGAUGACACCAUCAUAGCCAUCCCUGAAGGCUCGAGCGCGAGAUAAUAAUGUAUUAUAUUUCUUGGUCCAGGAUUAAAUUUCUACUUAUGAUGGUUUGGAUUUACGAUUUUUUUUUUGUGUACCACUUGUCUUUCACAGGCUUUGUUGUUGCUAUCGUUUUAUAAUCCGUGUAGCCAUUUAAGCCGUCUGCCAAGUUUAUAGCUUUGCGCUUUCCUUUGGAAAUUUGUAGUAGGCUCUACAGUAUUCUGCCUUUUGAUUUGUAUUGAUUACGAUAGCUUUUAUGACUAUUUAUUUUCGCUUUUCUGUGCUGUUUUUGCGAUGUUGGAUUUUGUAUGAGUCUACAUGUACAUGUUCUACUUUCUAUUACAAGCUUCGAGUCGCUUUUCAGUAAAAGGCUGCAUGUAUACAAAUGUACUACAUGCCUAUAGGGAGUUGUGACACCUAACAACUCG